CCUUCCUUUCUAGGGUUUCGCCACUGUUCCAUCGCGGCGCUCGAGGAGGUGGAUUGGCGUGUUAUGUGAUUUUUUUCUUUUUUUUUGGUUUGGUUUGGUGGGGAUCGGAUUAUUGGUCGGUGAUGGCCGAAGCGGCGGGGGGGGUCGAGGUGGGGAGGUACGCGCACAGCCCCGUGCACAGGGCGGUGGCGGCGCGGGACCACGCGGCGCUGCGGCGGAUCCUGGCGGCGCUGCCGCGGCUGGCGGCGGACCCGGCGGGGAUCCGGACGGAGGCGGAGUCGGCGGUCGCGGUCCGGCUGGGCGACGCCGCCGCCGUGGAGAUGCUCAUGGCCGCCGGCGCCGACUGGAGCCUCCAGAACGAGCAGGGGUGGAGCGCGCUCCAGGAGGCGAUCUGCGCGCGCGAGGAGGGCCUCGCGAAGAUCAUCGUCCGCCACUACCAGCCCCUCGCCUGGGCCAAGUGGUGCCGCCGCCUCCCCCGCCUCGUCGCCGCCAUGCGCCGGAUGCGCGACUUCUACAUGGAGAUCACCUUCCACUUCGAGAGCUCCGUCAUCCCCUUCAUCUCCCGAAUCGCCCCCUCCGACACCUACAAGAUCUGGAAGCGGGGCUCCAACCUCCGCGCCGACAUGACGCUCGCCGGAUUCGACGGAUUCCGCAUCCAGCGAUCCGACCAGAGCAUCCUCUUCCUCGGAGACGGAUCCGAGGACGGCAAGGUCCCCCCCGGCGCGCUGUGCAUGAUCUCGCACAAGGAGAAAGAGGUGAUGAACGCCUUGGAAGGGGCGGGGGCUCCGGCGUCGGAGUCCGAGGUCGAGCAGGAGGUGUCCGCCAUGUCGCAGACGAACAUCUUCAGGCCCGGGAUCGACGUCACCCAGGCCGUGCUCCUCCCGCAGCUCACGUGGCGGCGGCAGGAGCGGACGGAGAUGGUCGGCCCCUGGAAGGCCAAGGUCUACGAUAUGCACAAUGUGGUGGUCAGCGUGAAGUCGAGGCGCGUGCCCGGCGCGAUGACCGACGAGGAGUUCUUCUCCUCUUGCAACGAGAACGAUACCGAGAGCGAGGAGUUCGAGGAAAUCUUAACCGAGGACGAGAGGAAGCAGCUGGAAAAUGCCCUUAAAAUGGAGUCGCCGGAUAUUGUCGACGAAGUUCACUCCGACUCGUUCGUGGGGCCUCGGCGCAGUUGCUACGAAUCGAGGGAGAUUCCAAUCGAGGAGGGCGGUAGCAGCUGCGGAAACGGUGAGAGCAGCAAGAAUGAUAAGAAAGGGUGGUUCGGUAACUGGGGACGGAAGGGACAGAGUAAUAGUAACAAGCAAGACGCGCCGAAGAGGGUUGCUCCGCCAAGGAGCUCGCUUUGUGUAGAUGAGAAGGUGAGUGAUCUUCUCGGUGAAUCUCCGUCUAGGUUUAAUAGUAGAGCAGGGCGGCAUUCGGUGGAGGUAGUUACAACCGGUGAAGACCUUAGAAGAGUUAGGGAUAGGGUUCCGAGAAAAGGUACGACGAGUUCGGAGACUGCGAAUAGGAAAAAGGAGGACAGUAAGGAGAGCGAGUACAAGAAAGGGUUGCGGCCCAUUCUCUGGCUUUCGCCGAAUUUCCCACUUCGGACUGAGGAGCUGUUGCCCCUGCUUGACAUCCUUGCAAACAAGGUCAAGGCGAUACGGCGUUUAAGAGAGCUUCUUACCACAAAGCUCCCCGCAGGAACUUUUCCAGUCAAGGUUGCGAUUCCAGUUGUACCGACAAUUAGGGUUAUCGUUACAUUUACAAAAUUUGAGGAGCUACAACCAUCAGAAGAGUUCUCCACCCCUCCUUCGAGCCCUACCCGAAGCAAAAGCCCCGCCGUAGUAACGCAGAGCACGAGUUCAUCAUGGAUCCAGUGGAUCAAGGCGCCUUACCGCCAAAACUACACGACGCUGGGGCCCAGUAGCCGCGUGGAGGACAUCCAGGAUCCCUUUGCGAUUCCAUCCGAUUACACUUGGACGACCCCCGAAGCGAAGAAGAAGAAGAUGAUGGAGAGCAAGAACAAGUCCAAGAAAGGAAAGAAUCCGAAGCAGUGAAGUUCUAAAUCUUAUGAUACUCGAAAUUCUAAUCUCAUCAGCUUAUUGAGCUCUCGCGAAGCUGUUUGAAUUGGUGGCGAGAAGGUUCGACGCCCAAUUGUUGUUUGUGUUGGGUUGACGAAAGAACUCGGUAACACGGAGAGGGGAUGAAUGUUGUAGAUUUUUAGGAAUCACUCAAUUGUAAUGUUCAGAUGUGCUUAAGAUUCAUUUGGAAUAUUCGUUCUUUCAGCCCAAAUGUUUAUACACUUUUAAUGUUGCUUUUCCACUGUUAAACCAUUAAGGAAGAGUCCUCCAGUUGCUAAAUCGAUAAUGAUUGCUGCUGCUUUUUUUUUUUU